AGGAGUAUUUCACGAUCUUAUCGGAAACAAAGUCAUGUCAUUCCUUUUAUAGGGAGGCACAGUAUCAGGAUGAUUCAUAUUCGUGCAGCUGUUACCUUGCUAGUAUAGCCCAGUGAACUGAGCCAGGUUUUACUCAAUAAAAUGCGAAUACAUUUGGAAAUCGAGUGGUGAACAUCCAGAGAGAUGGAAAAGGGAUCUUAGAUGCAUUAGACCAUGGAGUGACCACUGUGCCAUUGACGGCCAUUGAACCAGAACUUGUUUUGAAAGUUGGUGAAAUUGCUAUUGAAGCCAGUAUGCCUAAGGAGCAUUCUUGCCUGAGUGAAAGAGCACCUCGCUCAUCCAGCAAGACUUCUAAGGCAAAACCUUUAGCCUCACAGGGCCCUGCAGACACGGACCGGUCCAACCAACAAGAAUUACGCUGCAGCUCAGAAAAGGAUUCUGGAUAUUCUGAUAAUGGGUCUGACUGGCAGCAAAUGGAGGGGGAUGACCAGUGCAGCAGUGUGAGUGAACCUCAGGGCAUGGACACUCUGCAGGGCCAGGGGACUGUCAAGCCCCUCCACCAGGGCAGCACCAUGCAGGGCCAGGGGACUGUCAAGCCCCUCCACCAGGGCAGCACCAUGCAGGGCCAGGGGACUGUCAAGCCCCUCCACCAGGGCAGCACCAUGCAGGGCCAGGGGACUGUCAAGCCCCUCCACCAGGGCAGCACCAUGCAGGGCCAGGGGACCAGUGAGCUCACCAGCGUCUACGUCCUUAAGAAUGUUGUGUUAAAAAAGCCUGAACCAGUUCAUCAUGGCAGUGAUCACCUCAUCCAGAGUCAGCUGACAUGGAGCAACACAGGAGGAGCCAAUUCCUCCGGCCCCACCGGCCCCACCCAUGUGAUCCUCCUGCAGCCGCCCAGCAUGUCCUUUCCUUCGCCAUCCUCCACUAAACUCCGCAAGCCGCCAUCUCGCAGGACCAAUAAGAAAACCAAAGGCGAGUUCUUGCCCAUACUGAACUCUUACACUCGCAUCGCUCCGCACCCUAGCAAGAAGCUCCGCGACAAGCCCCCAACCGGCCUGGAGAAAGUGACUGAUAGUGAGGGUCAGAGCCUGAGCAAGAGGAUAUGUACAGAUGAUAAGGGAGACGAGGUGUCCACCACCACCAUUGACUUGCAAAUGCCCAAGCACCACCCUCACAAGCAGUCUGAUUCCAGAGCCCAAAGUUUGCAGUCACGACCUAUUGCUUACCCUCCCUCCAGCCCCUCCACAGUCUCUUCAAGCCGGGGCUGGCCCUCUGUCUCCUGUUCGGAACUCUCCACUAUUUCCUCGUCCUCCAACAGUUCUUCACCACUCUCAGCCACUAGGGGGCCCCACAACGGCCUCUUAAAUCCACACCAUCGCCGUUUCCACAACACGCUGGAGAUCCUAAGCCAAUCAGGCCUUUUGGACAUCACCCUACGCAGCAAGGACCUGCUGAGCCAAAGCAACGCCACCGAACGUGACAUCGCCCAGCUGCGUCAACACACUCAGCUGCUGUGUCAGGCUGCCAGCGGCAACAAUGACAGCAGACGAGGCGUCACCUUGGAAAGCCUGUACCAGACGAUGGAAGAGUCAGGUGUCUACCCCACUCUCAAGUGCCUGGACACAGUGGAAGCACUUCAUUAUCCAGUAAAUGCCAUUGAUCCUGACUCUAGAGGUACAGUUGGGGUCAACACCACACAGACCCUCAAUGGUUCCCAUGCACAAUUGUCGUUUCCUAUCGUCUCAGUGCAAGAGCCAUCCCAGAACUAUCCAAUGUCACAAAAUUGUAUGCGCAAUGGGACAGCUGCCCUUCCUCACUCUGAGCAGGGAAAUGAGUACAAACCCAGUGCCACACCCUCAGUGAACUUCACCUUCAUUCCCCCAGACAGCUCCACUCAUUGGGAUGUUCUCUAGGGUACGCACAGGGAGAGGGCAAUCAGAAGCUGGCUAAGAGAUUGAGAGCCCCUCUGCUGUUUUGAAUAGAAUAGGGUUCCACAUGCAUUUCUUGGCUUUUGCUUAGCAUUCACUCCAAUUUUGUUGAUAAGACCCUUGGAAAUAAAAUACUGUCUUCAUAAUACAUAUAGAUGACUUUUUCUUAGUAUUUUUCUUAAUCCAGUCGCUGUUAGAGGAGGAGCCCAUGGAAGGAGAUUCAUUUUCGGUGCUCUGAUAUUUGAAUUAAUGUUCUAUAAUUUGUAUUCAAUAUUCUUUGUUAAAGACUAGAGGUUAAAACAGGCUCCUGUUGGCAUGAGGGUCCUAAAAAUGCUUGUUAUCCCCACCCCUUCCUCUUCACACCUCCAUGGAACAAGUUAUAGGGUUGUUUUGGUCUGCUUGAAAAAACUUGAAGCUCAAAUGGAAGGUAAAAAGGGAAAGGUUUGAUGGCAUUUGAAUCUUUUUAACUUGGAAACUGAUAGACUGCACAUGUUUCAAGCUGUAUAUUUCUGCUUUAGUCAGGGAACAGACUAAAAAGUUCUAGCCUUAACGUAUUUGGUGACGUUUAGCAGUUUCUUGUUGCCUUUUCUCAAUUCCAGACCUGUAAUACUGCAUCAGAAUUUUUCACUUUUCCAUAUUGUUUAUCAUAAAAUGUGAGAGUGGAAAUGUAGAGCCAGAUUGGGAGACAAUGUGCAUUACUUCAUAAGUAUAACUAUUUCCCAUCUGACUUCAUAAGUAUGACUUUUAAGGCAGUAUCUUAAAAAUUCACUUAAUACAAAACAGAACAACUGUUUACUUCUACAGAGUCAGUUCAACUAUGUCAAAUUGAUUGUAUAUUGUAAUACAUUGAUGCUUGUUGAUGCUUAAAGACCACUAUCCACAGGCUACUGGCUGCUCAGUCAAACACAGCUCAGAGUGAGGAGAGGUCCUAGUGGCAUAAAAUACUUUUUUACUACAAUAAUGUUUGUAGAUUUGAUUCAAGUAUUAUCUUACGAGUUUGUCUUUCUCAUGUUUUUAUGAGCUUUGAUUUACGUCUUAGGUAUAUCUCUGCCAAUGCUCAUAAUUAUACAUGACUUCAAGAGAUAAUAAAGCAGCUAUGGUCAACCAAGUAUUUAUUUUGCUAUUACAGUCUUUUUUUCUCUCAAACAAAUAAAAACAAAAAAUGUGUUAUCUACGUGCAAACAUUAUUAAUGUAGAUGAUGAUAUUGUAUUUUAUACACCUGUUGAUUAGUUGCCAUGCAAUGUCACUGCCAUGGAAACUGCAGGGGGAGAGAGCCAAGUAGAAAACAUUAUGUGAAGUAUGAGCUAAGAAUUUGUGUUGUAGGCCUUGGUGGACAGAGAGACAGAUAUAAUCAAUUAAGAAACUGCAGUAUAGGCGGUCCAGAUAAAUCAUAAUUUUAUCAUCAGUUCUGAUAAUUGUUUGUGAACUUCAGAUGUCCGUGCUCCCAAUAAAGAUGCCCUUCUCA